AUGAAUCUACAGGAGUUUCUAGCGAUGGAGGAAAGCCGCGAACGCGACGAGCUGAUCGACCUCCGCGGCCUCGAUUUCGUUUCCGAAUAUGACACCCACCUCAUGUGUCCGAUUUGUCAUUGCCCCUUCGUUGAUCCCGUUCAUCUACAAUGCGAUCAUGUCUUCUGCGGGAGUUGCCUCAGUUCGGCCAUCAACACCUUCCGCUCGGCCGACUCGGAGGAAUUCCCGUGUCCCUCUUGCCGAACCCCCACCCGAGAGGUGUCGACCAGCGUGCCCCGCCUGUUGAUCAACAUGUGUGACGAGAUUCGAGUGAGGUGUCCACUCUUGGCUGAGGGCUGCCAGGAGAUCAUACCCCGGGGUCAUGUCCAGUCGCAUGUCGAAAAAUACUGUGGAUAUCGGCUGGUACCAUGUCCGGAUGAUGCGUGCGAUAAAAUGAUGCGAAGCAAUGACGUCGGGAUAAAAACGAAGUGCAUGCAUGCAGUGCGCUUCUGUUCUCGCUGUGAGGAGGAAGUUGUCGAGCAAGAUUUCGAGGAACAUGAGAACAAGCUCUGCCCAGUACUCGAAGUCACUUGUGGGGACUGUCAGACAGUUGUUACUCGGGGGGAACUGAACGCACAUGUUGAAACAUGCCCGGAAGUUGCGAUCCCAUGCUCAGCAUCCAAGUAUGCCUGCCAAGUCAAAGUCCGGCGUGCGGACAUUCCAACGCAUGAGCAAAGCUGCCCACUGGUCGCGAUGGGCCCGUACUUUGAGGGUCAGAACGCCAGGCUCAAUUCCCUCGAAUUGGGCAUGCGCCACCUCCAGCAGCGCAAUGAGAUUUUCGAAGAUGGGCUUGCCAAUAUACGAUCCACUUUGGUUGAUGCCACGCGAGUAGAUUCUAAUGGGCAUGGCGGCGGAUCCUCCGCCCGGGGUAGCAGGGAUCAGCAGCCCCUGGCACGUACAGAGGCCAAUACAGAUGAUUCUGAAGAUGUUGCCUCAGGCAUAUUCUCAUCAACUGCCAACAGCUAUCUGCUUUCGCUCCACGAAUCCCUUCGCGGGCAGGUCGACCAACUAUCACAUGCCAUUAACGACCUAGAUGCUCGGGCCAGCAUGGCUAUCAUGAAUGAAUGCCUGCGCAUCAAGGAAGACAUGGCUCUCACAAAUGCUGCAGUGAAUAGUGUCCGCAUGCAGGUUCAAUGGCUCAUGAAUCCGCGGCUUCACCAGGGACUGCGGGGAGGUAUCCGCCCCAGCAAUACAAAUGAGGGAGGCCGAACACAUUUGGAAUCCUCGUCGACGUCAACAGCUGGUCCGAGUCAAAAUACCGCCCAAUCACUGGGAUUGCUUCGAGCUAGGCGGUCCAGUGACAGCGGACGUGAGGGAACCAAGCUUUGA